UCCGCUGGUCUCGGUGGCGGGCCCCUCACCUCCGCCAGUCGCUGCUGCCGCCCCCGCUGGGAAGGUACUGCAGCUGUCGCCUCUGCUCGGCCGACUCGAAGGCUGAGAAAUUAACUUAGAGGUGCUACAGACUGCAUUUAAAACGAAAAAACAUGCACACGGAAGUUGAGAACCGGGAUUUAUUUUGAAGUAUGCUUUCUCAGUAUUAAGGACAGUGCUGCUGUACAUCAUUUCUAUUAUAAGAAUUAACUUAUCCUUGCCAGCACGUUUCUGGAUAUUCUGUUGAACCUUCCUAAGAAUUCAGAGAAACUGCCAGGUGACCACUGAAAGAAAGAUCUAGUCUUAAGGCUUACGCAUAUUCCAUCUACCACGUCAGAAUAAUGUCCUACGUUUUUGUAAAUGAUUCUUCUCAGACUAAUGUGCCCCUGCUACAAGCCUGUAUUGAUGGAGACUUUAACUAUUCCAAGCGGCUUUUGGAAAGUGGCUUUGACCCAAACAUUCGUGACAGCAGGGGCAGAACAGGCCUUCACCUCGCAGCAGCCCGAGGGAAUGUAGACAUCUGCCAGUUGUUGCAUAAAUUUGGUGCUGAUCUUCUGGCCACAGAUUAUCAAGGAAACACAGCUCUUCAUCUCUGUGGCCAUGUGGAUACUAUUCAAUUCUUAGUUUCCAAUGGACUCAAAAUUGAUAUUUGCAAUCAUCAAGGUGCUACACCAUUAGUUCUGGCGAAGCGCAGGGGAGUGAAUAAAGAUGUCAUCCGAUUGCUGGAAUCUUUGGAAGAACAGGAGGUAAAAGGAUUUAACAGAGGAACCCACUCAAAACUGGAGACCAUGCAGACAGCUGAGAGUGAAAGUGCCAUGGAAAGCCAUUCUCUCCUCAAUCCCAACCUACAGCAAGGUGAAGGAGUCCUCUCCAGCUUCCGAACCACAUGGCAGGAGUUUGUAGAGGAUCUGGGCUUCUGGAGGGUGUUGCUCUUGAUUUUUGUCAUUGCUUUACUGUCUCUUGGCAUUGCCUACUAUGUCAGUGGGGUGCUACCCUUUGUGGAGAACCAGCCUGAACUGGUGCAUUAAAGGAGCUCAUAGAUGAGGCAAAUGCUGAUUUCCUGGCUUCCAGUAUUCUCGGUUUCUCAAAAAUUUUCUCUUAGUGCAAGGCAGUGAGGGCUGUACAUUUUUUCUUUUUGCGUUUUUACAUAUUGUAAUCCUUUUAGAAGAACAACAUGUUCAUUUGAACUAACUACAUACUGUAGUCAAGUAUACUUCAUCCUAAAGCUACCUCUGACUCAACCUGACUUCUUAGGAAAACCUACACAUAGCCUUGUUGAUGAAAACAUGGAAAUAGCUAAAGAAUGAAAGAUGAAGGAAGAGACUAGGAAGUUCUUACCCUGUAGAACCUUACCCUAGUACAGGACCAACUGAAGUAAAGUGUUCAAAAAGAAAAAUAGUUUCUUAUAUGAUUAGUUUUAGUUGGUAGUUUUGUUUUUGGGGUUUUUUUUUGGCGAGAUCCCCUUUUCUCUUUUUGUUUACAUUCUCUGGGGAUAGGGAAGAGAAUGAAACAUUCAGCCUGAAACUUGAAGUGCUUUUUUCAAAUCCUGGAUAGCAAAUCAGCAUUGUUGGGAUCUGUUUGGUUCAUGUUAAUAUUUUCACGUCUAGUGACAAACAGAACUUUUGAAAAUGAGCUAUAUUCUCUUCAAAACUGAUUGAUCUUGUAUUUAUUUGUUUUUAGGAUAAUUUUUAAUUCUUUUUUGUCACCUGCUUUGCUUGUUGUUAAUAUCUGAAAAAUGAACUCGAGGAAUUCAUUUUGUUCACUUUUCAAUUUCCCCUGGCGUUUAUUUCAGAGAAUCCUAUUCAUCAAAAAUAGCCAGAAAACUCUUUUUCUACUCAAUAGUUAGCAGGGAAAAAUAAUUCUGAUAUUUGACUGUCACUAUUAAUUCUGUAGCACUAUUAUUAUGAUGAAAAAUUCAGUUGAAUAAGCUAGGUGUGUUGUCACAAUUGUAUCAUAGUUCUUAAUUAUUUCAUUUUGUGUGCAGUCCUGUUUAGAGGCCCUGUUAGAAUUGUCAUGACAGCCCCAUCCAUGUCAGUAAUUCUCUGAUGGCAAGAAUGGAUGGAACAUGUCUGAGUUAACAGGGCUGAACACUAUUGUACUUGGUGUCAUAAAAUCUUUAUGAAUGGUAAUAAUAUGUAAAUUGAAAUCUGGCCCCAAACUGUAUUGCAACUUUCAGCAGUAUGUUUGAAGGCCUCUUUUGUUAAUGAUUCUGUUACGUAUAAAUCAUAUUCUCAGAUUAUUAAUGAAUAUGAAGACGAUAAUUAUUCAUUGGGUACUGUCAGAAAAUCAUAGUGAAAGAACUAAUGGUUUUGUUUUUUAGAACAAAGGCAUCUAAGCUACUACUAGUUGAAUUGUUGCUAGAAUUAGAAAUUAUAGUUUAGAAUAGAAUUAGUAUUUCUGUGAUUCUUUUUGUUUCUUGAUAUUUUCUCUUUUGUAUUUAUAUAUCUAGGAUUGAGGACUUUUCUUUCACGUGGCUUUAUCCUCUCUUAAAGAGCUGUUUUAACAUUUCUGGUUUACCUGGCUGCUUCAUUAUCAGUUCACAGAAUCUUGCUUGUAGGUUAGAUACAAACAAAAUAAAUCAUACUUGGUGUAAAUACAGCAAAAGACAGCAGACUAUAGAAUGGAGAACACUAGAAAUCAAAGUAUAUUCAGAAUGAAAGAUUUGGAAUUAGCUUUACAUCUGUUUGUGAAUCUUAACAGAUAUGCAAAAUUGGUUAACUUAUAUGUAAAUAUAUUGCAUUUUUUAAGAUUGUUUCCUUUUAAGUGCUGAUUUCUUUGUAUUCUAUUCUCUACUUUCAGUAUACAGUAAUACUGCCAAUAAAUGUGUUUAUAAUCUCUUAA